CGCCCACUGUGAGCCAACCAUCCGACACUAGUCACGGUCACUGGAAUCUCUAUUUGCUGGAGCCCAACCCGUCCUGGUUCCAUCACCAACUGGUAUCGGUCGUCGUCGUCGACAACUCCCACACCCCCUUGCUGGCUGUCAUCGACCCAUCGCAUUUCACUUUGCGGCAUCGCCCGCCUUUCCCAUCUCACCCCAAGCUACCGCCCGUCAAUUGGAAUUAGGUGCAGUCGUCUCAGACACGAGUCUCACGCUUGUUGACUCUCCGACAACCACUAGGAACGAACCGACGGCGGCAAGUCCACCAAGCCAGCCCACUAGGCACCUCGUGAAGAAGGCCCAUCCAACGGGGAGGGGAAUUGGGUUGUGAACAGUAAGUCUGUGCCUGACAUGACAGCGAGACACGGGCGCUACGGAAAGAAGUUGAGUUGACGUGCGGAGGCGGGCAGAUAGCCAGACACAGAUCCGUCUAUUCCCGUACAAGACGGCCGUCAAUUCACAGGCCCACGCCGCCAGGCCACGCCAGGCCUUGCCAAUUCCGUGCCGUGAGUCUUGAACUCUCUUUUCUGGACCCCUUCCACGUUCCCCUGGGAUAGCCAGGCAUCUUUGCUUGCGCUGCUCUGCCCAAGCAAUAAAAUGGCCGGUCCUGGCGCCAACCCGUCCCGCUCUCCGGCGUCAAGGCUUACACGGGAGACUGCCAUGGCUUCUCGAGUCCUGGGAAACGCACACAGUGCUGGCUCGUAGUCCGAGACGGGUCACAACAAGACGGGCGUGUUUUGGAUUCGCCCAGAUUUGAACCUCAUCAGCGUCGACCGACAGAGUGGCCUCGGCAUUACAUCUCACUAGAUGAUUUUCUCGGUGACGGCGUUGGUCGAAACCCCCAACAUUUCCCUCCACACGCACGCACAUACACACACACACACACACACACACUCACGCACUUGGGCCCUUGUGGAGGCAUAUCGACCAGGGCGUUCGUUCAGCUGCGCUGGGGGGCCCUGCUCGGGCAGAAAUGACGGGGAUUCGAUCUCAAUCAACUGCCCGGGUCUGCAAAGCCGCCUAGCUUUAUUGGACCAUUUGACAGGCGUCGCCGCCUGGCUUGCUUCCCGCCGUCGAUCAUCCCGUCUCUAGCCUCUAUGUAGUGCAGCAUUGCUGCCUCCUCCUGGCUGCAAGGGGGUGUAGUGUGGUAGUCAAGUAGUGUAUGCGUAGGGAACAUGGAGGGGAGCCCGAGUGUCAACACACCACUGAAGGCAGCGAAACCCCGGCUUGGCCCUGCGAACAUGCUUGGCUGGGCUGCGAUGGGCUGUGGUGGGAGAAGAUCGAGAAGCCAAGGUUGAGGCAAGAGGUCGAGAUGAUGGCAACACAGCGCCGCCUCUGCCUCUUUCGAUGCCUUGUGCAUCUGCGCAUCGCCAACCACUUCUCGACAUGUUCAGUGUCGUCAGGUUUCCAGCACACGCUCCCCUCAUUUUCAAACAACGACUUGACCCGACAGUCCUCUCUGUCACCGCCGAGGUUACAAUCACGCUAUUCUCCAGCGGGAGGAUGAAUCCACUGAUCGCCCCCGGGGCCGAGUGCUUCACCUGCACUAUUAGCAAUUGGGCUGACCAAUUAGUGGUGACAGGAAACAUCGAGAAAGAAACGAGCAGGGCAGGGCAGCAAAUGCCAGGGGCAGGGCAGGAAAGCUCCGAGAUUCAACCCCCCCGGUGAGGCACAGAAAUUCCACGGCGUCUUCUUGACGCUCGCGUGCAGGCAAGAGGCAAAGGCAGAGCUCAGCUCAGCGGAGAGGCAGUGUCGUAAGUGUACCUACCUACCCAUACGGCAACUGAGAAGGGUGCAAGCCAUGCUUGAGCCCCCAUCUGCACCAGCACCCUUGAUUAGUUCUUGAUUGUCUAAUACAGACUACCGGUAGAGAGUAUCACGCGUUAUUGAUCGACCCUCUGAGACCAAGGCGAAGGAAGAAAUAAGCAUAUUCAGGGGGUGCAAAGCAAUUGUGUCUGGGUUUCUUCACAUUACCGAGUACCUCGCCGUUUAUCGCGACUUUUUUUUUUUUUUUUUUUUUGACAGCACUCCCAGUCGGGACAAUUUGCGCCCACUCCACAGCGGCAUCAGAGAUCGUCAUUUGGCAGAUGCGCCCCGGAAGCCCGAGCAGCCGAAGCGACACGGACGAGUAAUUUGACCCCCAACGACCUUUUUUCGGUCGAGGCGAAGCAGUACCGUACCAGUAGUGUACCUACUGUACGGAUACGGAAUCCUAGUAGUAUCAUACCUUGCUGGGCUCAAGAUCUCCAUAGAUCUCCGUCGGCUUUCAUCUCGGCCGCGGACGACACCGGCCAAACCCAACGCUCCCAGGCGCUGCUGUUGGCUGUUGUACGCUCGACCGGCGCAGACAUUGGCACCUUGGAUUUCAGCCUCCAGAAAGCACGCUGAUCGUACGCUAUCUACGGAUAUACUUACCUAGAGGUGGGUAGGCCGCAGGCCAGAUAGCUAUCCAAAGACGAUCGUGAGAGACAUCAGGUCUAAGCCGGUCCGGUCCCUGGAUCUCACUCUGAGUUUUGAAUCAGAUGUAAGUCUCAUCUCUCUAUAGCCAGGUUUGCUGCAUCCCUUCAUGCGGAUCUCCCGAUCUCCUCCAUUUUUUCCCACACCUGAUCUUCCACCGGCUCCCGUGCUUUUCCCUGGUAGGUAUCCAUGAUGAUGGUGCCAUGUUAGCAAAAUGUGCCCUCUUUCAGCUACGCUAUCUGUGGCAUGGGCUCACCAACCUUGCUUCAUGCGCUUCUAAGUUCUCGCACAUACACACACACUCUCUCACUGCACGGAGUACUGCCACUCUCAUAUCUUGUCCUCUCGUCUGGCCCCCCCUCACGUCCUCCCAACUCUCCCCCCCGUUUUCAAAAGGCACGAGCACACAGGGUUUGUAUUGGAUGACGGGUUGGUUUAGCCUGGGGGAUCCCUCGUGUACAUUCGCACUUGUACAUUGCCUGACAGGUCUUGUGCGAGGUCUCUGGUGGUUGAGGGGGUGCGGACGGACGCAUGCAAGGGUUCAGCCGGUCGGUAGUAUCCCAAGCCAGAUCCAGUGACACUGGAGCGUGCCGCUUGUAUCCCGAUUGCACAGACUAUUACCGCACCCCUCCAUGCCGUUAGAUGAGCCCCAGUCCAUCCUAACCCUGGCCACAUGCCACAGUCGGUCUACAGCCAUUCCCUCUCGUUCAUCCCAACCCUCCCGCUCAUUGGGUUUGCUGCAGCUGCUCACAGGAGCUAUGGCCAAUCACAGUACGCUAACCCGUAGUUCGCAGACAUCAAAUCCCAUCUACGGUUGAUCGACACACGCCUCAAGCCUCUCACACUCACACUCACUCUUAUUCUCGCUCUCUUCUAUGAUACCCCCCUCCCUCAGUCUGUCUCUCACUCACGCCUUCACACACUCACUCACACACACACACACACACACACACACACACUUUUCUUUCUCGCUUCCUCUCUUUUCAGUACCUACCUCUGUUGUCCGAACGCAAAAGUCAAUCUGAAGCUUCUCCCGCCCUAAUAAGCGUGCAUCUUUCGAAUAUCGCGAGCAACAAGCGACAAGGGGACAUCGCCUCACUGCUUAUAUGUUUCCCACCAAGCCGACUAACACGGCGAAACCUCACUGCGGAUAGAAACACCUGUUCUUGCGAGUCUUUUGGUUGUGCUGUACAUCAUCUGUACGUAAGGUACCUUAGUUACCCAGCAAUACCCCGGUACUGCCUCUCCUGCGCUGCCGCUCAUCACGGUCGAUCUUGACGAGUAAGUCCCCUCCAUAAUUCCUUUUUCCUCUCCUCAAUCUCAAGUCUUUCUCUCUUUUCUGCCCUCUUCUUACCCAUCUAUGGAUCCAGGCCCCUCGCCCUGAGCUUCCUGAUGUUCCCUGUCAUUUGUCAUUCCCCUUCUUCUUCCUGCAACGGCCGUUUCCUUCUUUCCCUAUUACGAACGGUCUCUCCCCUUCAGUCUCCCUGCAUGAGAGACUUUUCGCUCUUCUUUUGCUUUCUCACUUUUGACACCAUAGCCCCGUGUCUUGCCUUUGGGCUACAAGUUGGUUAAGCUACCACGCUACCUACCUGCCUACCUAUCCAUGGUGUCUGAGUAGCAAGAAAAGGGCAGUUCACCAACAUGGGCGACAGCCUUAUUCCCUUGCCACACCCCCAAAUUCUGUACGAAGCAAGUCUCUCCCCAACUGCAUGCCAACUCUCGCCAGCUGAAGCGGUUCCUACACAUCAUCAUCACCAUCCACGAAUACCUACCUACAGCCACUCAAACACGCGCAACACCCUUCCUCAAUGAACAACUGACUCCCGCUCCCCCACCCUUUUCUCUUCAGAUGAAUGAGACCUUGUUGCUCAUAAGACAACUGGAACCUCGCAUCCCCAACGGUGGUCACUAUCCCUGCCCAGCCUUGCCAGUCCUCUACAAGAAUCCAUAACCACGUUCAGGUUGCUUCCUGUACGGAUGGAUACCUAGGUACCCUUACCAUACACACCCCCCUCCCCUCAUCCCCACAAAUGCCACCCGGUCUUGACUCCCUCCUUGCCCGCUUCUUCCUCCGCCAAAAGCUACCCGUGGACCAGAUCAUCUCCACUGGCUAGGGAAGGACGCAGAGCCCUCUCCCAAAAGAAACGACGAGGGGUACUACUGUAAGGGAGGGUAGUCGGGAUCCCCAAGACGGAGCUAUUGGUACGUGAGCUUUCUGUUAGUGCGGCAAGCAGACCAAAAGCAAUAUCCAUCUUCCCAAGGUCCCUGUUCCCUCCCGUGUGGAUCUGUCCGGCCGAACCUCUCUGUCGCCACAGACUCGUCGUCGUCGUCUUCCCUUCAACACUCAUAACACACGUACCGUGCCUGGCCUGCAGGGAGACAGACUGGCUUUGCUAUCUCUCUCUAUGCGAGAAAUGCAACACCACUGCCCCGUACCUCGUCAACAUUCCUCAUCUACCUCCUUCACCCCCGCAACAAAAUCAGCGACAGAGUCUGACUUUCUGAGUCCCAGUCUCGUCUCUCCCUCUUACUCCCCAUCUCAUACUCUUUUUCUAGUUUCCCCAUUUCUGCCUUCGCCUACCCCGUUCAUGCCCGGUGAGUAACCUCACACUCGAUAUUCGGGCACUUCUGGCGUGGUGGACCUUGCAAACCUACCGCUCUUCUCGCCGAAGAAACGCACGAGUGCUGCAGCAUCUUUGAGCUUGUUUCCUUGAAAGGACGCCUGUUUCUAACUCUCUUGUUCUCACGAACAGGUUCGCCAUCAGCCUACAGGACCAACGAACGAAGCACGGUUCAGCUCCACGUCUUUGGCAUAGUCAACGGAUUCAGUCUGUUUGUCAACAACCUCUAGCCCUGAUUGGACACAACACUGGCGAACACCCCGGCCUAGACGGUUGAGUACGUGAUCCCUUCCUCUGCCUGCAAGCUGUUGCAUGGCCACGAACUCCAGCAAGAAGCCGUCAUGCCACUCGCUGCAUCUUGCCGUCCCCAGCCAGCAGUUCUUGCGAAGGAGCAUCAACGCUCCACCUUGGGAGCAUUCAGGCUGACUUGCGUGCCAAUGAACAGUCCCAGCACGGCAUCUUUCAGUCGGUUACCAACGCGUUGGAAUUCUUGGGUCAUCCCGAAACUUGAUCUCAGAUUUCGGUUUGCCAGCGCCACGGCGACCAAUGACAGGUGCAUCGGUCUGAGUUCACUUCGCGCAACAUCUGCCCUCAAAGAGCUGAGCUUGGUUUAAGAUUGCCGCUCCUGGGUAUCUUCUCAGCCUUCCCGCUUUCUCCAUUUCUCCAACUUGCUUCGCUCUUCUUAACCUGGUAUCAUCACCCGGCCCGACCUCUACAGCUCGCUCCUCGAUUCCAGUCGCGUCAAACCUCCACAAUAAUCACAGCAGCCGAUCUUCUCAAAUUCCUAGCGCCACCAGCCAGCUCGGAUACGCCAUCCACAUAUCUGAGUACGGUGUCUCAAACCAAUCCUGCCGGGAGAAUAUCCUGAGACUGACGUUCCUCUACUAGGAAUUCUCCCUUCCCUCGCACUUGUCCUUGGCUCGUUCAAUAAAACUCGCCCGGACUCUAAUCACAGCAAUCUCAAGACAUAUCUCUCCCUUCCUCCCUUUGUCCCUCGACGGUCCCACAAGGCCAUAGUCUCUUUUCCUGUCGUUGCAACACUGCUCCCGAAACAGUGGGUUGCAUUUUCCCGACACCAGACCACGCAUCCUUUCCCAAGUGCACCCUCUUCUACAGCUUGAAUGUCUGCUGCGAAGUUUGAGUGUGCUUCCUACAAGCAUUUCGAGCCCGACUUCCACCCGCAAAGGCCAAUAAUCAUCGGCGAGGAAGGCCUUGACUCGCCAGAAACGGUGACUCUCAAGUACGAAGAGGCAGUCGCAAGGGCCAACGGAGACCUUCGGGGCGACUCCCCGCCGGGCGGUCUCCUCCCCAUGUCCCACUACGGGAAGCAACAGCCAGGCCCAAUCCACGGGUAUGAUUCAUCCCGUGGGUAUCAGGAUGCCGGGUAUCAGCAAUAUGGAGCGCAAGCCUAUCCUGCGCAGCACGGCAGUGCAGGCCAGCUCACCGCAGCCCAGAUGAACCAGGAAGCCUUUGCCGCCAACAGUGCGGUGGGCUCGUACAUGUCUGUCAGCGUAGGUCCAUCGGUGGUAUCAUGUCAACCAAGUUCUGGAAUGGCGGGCACCAAAGUGCAGGUCAAGAUCAACUCGCCAUACGAUCUUCUCACCGUAGCGCCUUUCUACUCCCUCGUUUUCGGCGUGAACAAGGUGCAGGCACAACCCACCAAAGAAUCCCAGGACAGCAACGGCUACAUGUUCACUGUCUCGGCCGAUGCACCGUCAUUUGUGGUCACCAGCUGUGCCAACGAAAACGUGCCGGUUUUGGUCCUGAUUGAAACAGAGAACGGCGAAGAAGUGUUCAAGGCGGCAGCGGGUCAAUUUGUAUAUCACGAAGCAGGCCCAGGUGCUAGCUCAGACGACAUCACGAGGAAGAUGUCCAAGUCACCUGAACAGCAACAUCAGUCCCCCAGGUCAGCAAGCACUCAGCUCGGCAACGAAGCCAGUACAAAUACGUACGACUUUGCUACAGCUCCGCAACAGCCUGCCCAGUCUCCCUAUGGAAACUCAUUCUCGCAAGACAACAACAACAACACCAACAUGCUCAGUGCUUACCGAACCAACUCCUUCCCGGAGCAGCAUUACACCCGAGCGGUGCCCCCGCCAUUGCGGCCGCCGAUGGCCGGAUGGCAGGCAUACGGACGAACGCCUGGCCCCCCCAUUACGCACACGCAAAUCUCCCGUCCUAGCUUGACGCCGCUGCCGAUGCCAUCUGCCACGAUGCCUCUGCUUGUCAGGACCAGCUCGAUCCCUAGCUCUCCGGGAGGCGGACAGCAGUCUGGUUACAACCACUGGGGAUCUUAUUCAAACAAGGCUCAACUGAAGAUUGUUGGCAAGCUCGAUACCAUGUCCCACGAAUGGUCCCCCGAGGAGUGGUCUAACCGAAGACGCAUCGUCAUGUUCAGUAAGAAACAGACGGGACCGACGCUCACGGCGACCUUCCGACCUGUCAAUGUCAAUGAGAGACCACCCAACAGUAUCUGCAUCAGCUGCAUCUGGUGGGCAGAGAAGAACGAGUGUUAUGUCACGUCUGUGGACACUAUCUACCUCUUGGAACAGCUUGUCGUUGCUCCAGCCAGGUUCACUGUGGAGGAGAAGAACCGCAUCCGCCGCAACCUCGAGGGCUUCAGGCCUUUGACUGUCAGCAAAGCCAAGGCCGACUCGGAGGAAUUCUUCAAGAUCAUCAUGGGAUUCCCGAACCCGAAGCCGAGGAACAUUGAGAAGGACGUCAAAGUUUUCCCGUGGAAGAUUUUGGAAUCGGCGCUGAAGAAGAUCAUUGGCAAAUACAGCGCUAGCCCCUCAUCGACUCUUCCAGCCUCGCACCUCUUGACGCCCACGCCGGUCAACGCGUAUCCUCCGCCGCUCCCGACGCCGCCAGCCCCGACUGUUGCAUCAGACCAUGUCAGUGCCUAUGGUGUGCCAUCGCAAGUCCACCACCACGAAGGGCUGACCUCACCGCGGUCGAUCACUGGCAGCACGCACAGCUGGCCGGCGUACUCGACAGGACCACCGCGCAACCUUUCUCCCGCACUUACAUCAGUGUCCCCGCGGCAAUCUGGACUACGUCUCGCUGCACCUCUACCAGCUGUCAGCAGCUAUGAUAGUCGGUCGAUGACGAGCCAUUCGUACGGCGGCGGGCUCCAGACACCGCUGGGAAACCAGCAUACACCGCCUUCAGCCCCUGGACGGUGGGAUCCUACGAUACCAGCGAUGCAUGCACCAACUACCUAUGCAGAGCAGUAUCAGUCCAUGACUGCGCACCAUACCCCGAGUCACCAAGUAUACGGUGGUGGCGGAUACGGGGACGGGGCGCAACGGGCUUGAUGCCGCGGAGGCUCCUAGGUGGGAGUGAGGGUGCAUGACGGGCGGCGGGCCAGGUGAGCGACGACGACCUGGCCGAGGAGGCAAGGUGCUUCGCGUCUGGUGAGGCGCAAGCGUGAUAUCCCGGAAGCAACACAACAAGUCUUGUCAAGAAUUGAUGGAGUGAGUCACUACUUUGGGACCACAGCCCAGGGGUGCGGGAGGGGCUUGGAGACACAGGGCAACCGCGUGAGCGAAACACGGGAACAAGAGCAGGGCUGGACAAAGAGAAGGGAAGCAUCAAGAGAUGUCGUCGGAGAGCAAGUCGUACGUCGUUGACUUGAUUGGGGAUGGUCAGGUUGCGACUUUGGACGGGCUGCACGAGGAAGAUGGGGGUGUGGUGUAGGGGUCCACGGGUUUAUUCCCUUUCCCCCCCGGUCACACACAUGUGCAUCUGCCCGUUGCAGUCCUUGUCUUGGUCCCGGGUUGACUGUCACUGGGAGCAAGCAGUGCGGUGCUUGAGCUUGAGCAUGAGCAUCUACACUACUACCGAGUAGGACUUUUCGGUGUGGAUGGGUGGAGACCCCGGAGGUGCUGUCAGCUGCUGUGGCGCAGACCAAUGGAGGCUUCCGGAACCGAAUCCACUUUUCCCGAUUUAGAUGGAGUCGGCGAAUCACAUCUGCCCCGCUCAGCGACCGGCACCGCCUGCUCCACUCUCCGGCAUCGACUUUGGGGAUUACGAGCCACUUUUCCCCCGACGCACCAUCCUCGACCCUCCCUCUCCCCCCCCCUCCUUCGCCAUCCUAGCUGAGAGCCUAUCAUCCCGUCUCUCCCUCUCUGAGCCUGUCUCCAUGCUCUAGGAGGCGGGGAACCUUUCGAUAUUGCCCUCUUUUUCGACAGCUUUCAGUAUGGAUGAACCCCUCCCUUAGACCUUCACCGCAUUGUCACGAUGGGCAAACAAUGCAGGGGCAAGCGGCGCCUACUUUGCCUCUCUGGUCACACUUUUGUCUAUCAUCCAUGACGGGGACGAUUCUAGACCACCUAUCACCGCCGCGUUUGUCCGCCUGCACUUCGAUAACGGAUUCGAGCCUCGACCAUCAACGUCGCCAAUCAGUAGCUCUUUCCUUGGUGCAUGAUGGGUUGGGGGUGUAUCCGGUGAUCGCCUCUUGGAGGGGUCGCCUGCAUCCGUCCGGCCUGCAUGACGUACAUCAUCUGCGUCAAGGAGCUACCGAACGACACCGCGCCUUAUCCGCCUGCUCCCAAAAUGCCAGACACUACUCUGUCUUCUCCAGACCCGUCUUUCAACCGGCUUGUCUUUGACCACUCGCUUGCCUUCCCGCCGGGCCUCUUCGGUCGUGCAUUGGCGUUCCCGUGUUCCAUACAUGGGUUUCAAGGGCUCACCCGAGCCAUUCACAUGGUCUCCAAGUCUAGACAAGCGCUCCCUAAAUCAACGACCAAGAACGAGCCGGCUCAUAUGUCACGAAAAAGACAAGGAAGCAUAUUCCUGGUCAAGAUCAGUAGCAGCCCCCACCAUCACAGCAUUUCAUGACAUGCCUUGGCUCUCGACUCGCUUCGCAAACGCGGGUGGCGCGGCUGAGUUUAUUUUCACGCAGCCCGUCCGACCCUCCACUGCGCACUUUCGCUAUUGACCCCAAGAUCGGCAAAGACGGGGGCGCGGACUGAUGCAACUCCGACCGCGACGCUGCUAACGACGCGUACUCUCGCGGCCUGGGGCUGGCUCACCAUCUUGGCGUCGAUUUUCCACACCACCAAUGUGUCUGCCUCCUUGCCCGAGACAUUUUCAUACUUGUUUCAGGAAAUGACUGCAGUUCGAGCUGCCCACUGCCCGCAUAGAAAGGAUACAACGGCGUUUGUCUACGGCUCGUUUGGUGAUAGACUCGGUUGCAUUUCGCUCAUCAUUCCCCCAUAGAGGACCGCCCACUACUACCCCACCAACGAUUUGGCAUUAUAACCAAUACGACUUUUUCCGCCUCUUCAAACCCCCUCGGUGUAUUGCUAGCAGCAUUCCCACGGCCCGUCGGGGCACCUGACGUCGCUUAUCUGGAUCACGUCUCGGCAAUCUCAACCAUAUACGACAAUCACCUCCACAUCGCUACAAUCACAUCACUUGCGCUACAACGACAUUCCUUGCUCUGAACCCUCCCUCACAGAACACAACACAACACAACACCCAACAUAUCCUAUACAGCGCUUUCAUUAUCUUUCUCCUUCUCCUUCUCUCUCUCUACCUCCCAUACAUCUCAUAUUAUCUAUGCAUUUAUCUUUACUGGCGCGAAGGGGAAAGGGAUUGGGAUAGAACAGGGGAGAACUUGGACUGGGGCCGGUCAAAUCAUGUAAGACUUUCUAGAAGACAGUCAAAGAGGAGGAGGGGAUCGGAACGGACAAUGUGCGGACAGGGCGACUGAGAAUACACGGGUUUCACAGGUGUCUAUGGUACGGUACAGACCGGGACAGGUCGGUUCUCGGGGAAUCAGGUAACGGGGAUACAACAUUUUGGUGGGCUGCACAUAGCAUUAUACCCUUCGCUUUGCUUUUGAUGGCUUCGGGAUCUGGGUUUUCGGUAUUGUCACAUAUGGGAUAGUCUCCUGAUAAUCAUAAUCGCUUGACAUCUUUACGAG